AUGCAAAACAUACUGGCUAAAGUCUCUCUAUUUGCCGAUCUAACGGCUGCUGAGUUAGACGUGGUCACAGCACACGCGAUUACCCGCACGUUUCCUAAACACAGCAUUAUCCUCAACGAAGGCGAGCAAUCACAUAAUCUCUAUGUGAUCUUGGAUGGUCGCGUCAAAGUCUAUGCCAGUGAUGACGAUGGCAAAGAAAUCCUGCUCAAUGAACUUGGCCCCGGGGAUUAUUUCGGUGAACUCGCCUUGCUCGAUGAAGAACCGCGCUCGGCCUCGGUCAGCGCUUUGGAAAACACCAAGCUAACGAUUAUUGCGCAACAAGAUUUUUUGGAUUGCUUGGAGCGGAUGCCGUCCAUUGCGAUCAACUUAGUCAAGGUGUUGGCCCGCAAGCUACGUCAGCAAACCCGGAAAACUAAAAUUCUGGCGUUGAAUAAUGUUUACGAACGAGUUGCCAAGACGCUUUAUGAUUUAGCCAGCGAGCAAGAGGGUAAACUGGUGGUCAGUGGGCAGACGCAUAAAACCCUGGCGGAUCGGGUUGGCGCAUCACGGGAGAUGGUGAGUCUAGUGCUGAAAGAGUUAAAAGAAGGUUGGCAGAGUUUUGCAAUUUCCCCUCUAGGCUAUGUGGUAAAGUUGGGCCGUGAUCGUCGUUUCGGCCAAGCCAAAACAUAA